AUGGACGCUAGGCGUAGUCUCACCUGCAAGCAGGUGAGCGACCACUACGACCAUCACGUGGACCCACCGCUGACACCCCUACACCCCACCACCACCACCACUACCACCACCACUACCACCACCACCACCACCGGUGGCGCUGAUGUGAGGAUCACCGUAUUUAAUGUUGCGAGUCGACUGCUGGAUGAUCACCAUUUUACCCAUGCAUAUGAUCAGCCUGAAUCGUGCCAAACUGGUUGCAAAGAGAUCCGUACUCCGUUGUAUAACCGCCACUGUCGCGGUGUUUGUUGCAUAUACGUCCGUAAAGAGUAGGUCGUGAACAUUGUUCGGGGAGAGGUGGGCUGGAAUAUGCAUAAGUCGGCUGUUGAGGCGAUUAACAAUGCUGUGAACGAGGACCGUUUCAGCAAUGUCGGCCAGCGAGAUUCAGCCGCGAUAAUCCCAAAGAUGUAUGAUUCGCAGUUUCCCAGCAAGAUGUGUUUCUUCGUCGGAGCUGAGUAACGGCGCGGUUACUUCCGUACGGAUGUCGCAGACUGCCUUGAUUGAGGCGAAGUAAUGACUCGUAUCAAUUAAGUCCGCGCAUGCUGGCAUUCCCUCAGCCCUAGGAUCCAUGGAGACGUUCCGCAAGGUCUGCAGUCCCUGUUGCACUAGGCAUAGACAACGGACGUAGGCAGAUUCAUCUUCAUCGAUCUGGCGAUUGAGUUAGGAUUUUUGAAGCCUUUGCUUGUGGACAUGCAGACUGCAUAUUUCUGCGCCGUCCUCGUCAAGUCAGUCCAUGGAUUGGCGACAUGCAUGGCUCAGAGCAUCAUAGACCAUGUAGUGCUCCCUAACCGGUCAUUGGGUACAUGCGCUGGCCUAAGACGGGGAGUCACAUCAGAUUGCGGCAGGGUUAUGGGAAAGCUCACCAUAACAAAUGCCAGCAUUUCGGGGUGCGAUGGCAGACCCGAUUGCCGGCAGACAUCGCGCACAGUGUGACCCCUGUUGUUUUUGUUGUUGGUCAAAGGCCUCGUCAUUUGCUGUGUAGACCAGGAGGUGUGAAGUAGAGAGCCAAGGUGCGGCUCUAACGUACCAUCCGCCUGCGCUCUCCCCGCCUCCGGUAUUCUUGACUCUACCUUGGCACUGUGUCCAUGUGGGGAAGGAGAAGAGAGUGUGGUAGAUGCUGCGCAAGUCUACUUUCACUAUACAAUGAUUCAUGUGCAAAUCACAGCCCCCGAUUCACGUAACCGUGGAGCACAAUAUGCACUUCGGCAACAAAAACGGUCGAACUGUCUUAUUGUGGUCUGUGCUUUUUACACCACCAUGUCUUCAAUGUGGUAUUGUCUUCGACGUCUGUGGUUCUUUCACGGAUUGGCAAAACUGAUUACAGAAAUCGAAAAGUUCAGCGAAUGAAUUCGGUAGACUAGUGUGUCAACCAAAUGGCUGUAGCUUGGCAUUCGAAAGUCCUAAACGUAUUCGUAUCUUCGCUUCGGUUAGCCUGUGGUAUUUUACGUUUACCACUGCUCCUCAUGAGAUGUACAACAUGGUCCGCAUCCAUUGCAAAAUUUUAUGGACCCUGUAUGAUAAGUAUAAAAUAUAAAGAAGACGUGAUUCUCUAUUGAUUGACUAAGGGAAAGCAUACUUUUGUUUGUGGUUUCUAUAAAAUAUAUUUGAAUUUCCAAGACCAUCGAAAAUCAAUGGUAAAAAUGCAUGCUACUUAAGUAGUCAUUUUUUACCGAGCACGCUUUCUACAGGAGAGUGAAAAGAAGUGCAUUUAAAAGCCGACAUCCUGAAGAGUCCGAAAUGUCAUAAGGGUAUGCCUUAAGAUAAUCAGUAUCACAACCAGGACCAAGUAAUCCUUCUUAAUCGAAAACGCAUUUCAGAAUUUCAGCCAACAUUUCAUGAGAUAGGUCACGUACUGUACACAAACAUCAGCACCACCAACGUCGACAGCAGAGGUGAGGACCAGGAUUACGACCGCUCUCACUGCGCCUGCAGCUUUACCUCACACACCGGCCUGGUCGGUUACUUAUGAAUCCAUCGCUCAGAGGCUGACAAUUACACACUAAUCUACCGAAUUCAUAGGUUGAACUUUUCGAUUUCUGUAAUCAGUUUUGCCAAUUCGUUAAAGAACCACAGACGUCGAACGAUAACGCCACACCGAAGACAUGGUGGUGUAAAAAGCACAGAACACAAUAGGCCAAUUCGACCGUUUUUGCUGACGACGUGCAUAUUGCGCGAUGUCUGCCGGCAAUCGGGUCUGCCAUCGCACCCCGAAAUUUUGGCGGGAUAACUUGUACCUCGACUGCAUUUCUGAGGGUCAGGCUGCAAUUGCUCCUUCUUAAUUUUUUCCCCCCACGGCCUGGGAUCCGAGCCAGUUUUUGGCUUCAUGUCUAGGCGCGGCUUCGGGCGUGACAACCCCCACUCUUAUUGUUGGUGUUGGUAAAUAUCCUCGCCAUUUGUUGGGAGGACCAGAUGGUGCGGUGUGGAGCGCGAAGUUGAGGAUACGUCCAAGCCACCCGCCGGCGUCUCCGGUCUCCUUGGUUCAGGCGGAGGAGGAUUUGAAAGUGUGGUAGAUUCAGGACAAUUCUAGUGGCACUAUAAAACACUGGCCUAUUCGGCCACAUGCGCAUCCACGACGACCUGCGGUAGACAACCGCCGGUUGCACCACAACCCCACACCCUUCCUCCCUCCCUGCCUCCACUACCACUAUCAUUAUCACCACCCAACCACACAUCAACACUCAUCCACCGCAAGCAACCAACUGCCACCAACCACACAAGUGGGAAUUGCGCAUAUCGACUCGGUCCCCAUGCGGCUCCGGCUGCAUGGACGACUUGCGUCCGAGACUAUUCCGACACGUCUAAGGUUGUGGAUAGGAAGGCUGCUGAUUGACGCCCGCACUCGAUCCACGCAGUUCAUCGUGUUGUGUGUGGAGUGGUGGACUGGUCGGCAGAGAGGAUGGCUGAAACAGCGUCUUCCACGGCCCUCUCACGCCAGUGAGAAACACGCUGUUCAAAGCCCCCCGCGUGAGUGAAAUCCCGGUGUGUGUGUGUGUUUGUGUGCGUGUGUGUGUGUGUGUGUGUUUGAGUCUGUGGUGCCAAUUCGUGCUCGUGGCGUGUAGGAAUGGAAAGGGAGAGUGAGGUCGACGACUCAGCACACAUAUCCUCACUGUAAACAAUCUGCCGUGCUUGAAACUACCACGGCGCGCUAAAAGCCGUGGCUUGGAAGGUUGCCAACUGACGGGAUAUCUUGGACCUCCUCCUUAACUGGAGGCGGUCUGAGAGUCAGGAUACAAUGGCACCUUUUUAAUAUGGCGUUUAUGGAACUCCUAUCACAGUGUGGGAUCCGAGCCAGACGUUGGCAGCCCGCCUAGGUGCGGCUUAGGUCGUGCCAGUCUCCAAAUCUCUCUUGUGUUGGUUGAAAUCCUGGUUAUUUGUUGUGUGGACCAGGGGGUGUGGUGGAACGCCAAGGUGAGGAUUCGUCCGAGCCAUCCACCUGCAGCCUUCCCAGUCUCCGGUCUUCUUGGCUCCGUCUUGACACCGAGCUCAGGCGGGGGAGGAGGAGAGAGUGUAGGUAGAUGCUACGCAAGUCUACUGGCACUAUAAACCCCUGCGUAAGUCACCGUCCCUGCUACACACUGCAGUCAAUGGGACACACGGUGGACAUCAUCGAAAUCGAUGGUCGAACUGUCGUGUGUGUGUGUGUGCGUGCGUGUGUGGACAAACUGUGUCCCUGCCCACGACUCCUUGUUACUGUAGGGCAUCUCACUCCAUACGACUGGUGCUGCACAUUCAUGAGCAUUGUUUGUAUUCAAGACGAUAUCGUCGAUGUUGACAUUAAGGCUAAAUUAUUAAUGCAGCUACUGCGUGAAUUAUAGCUUACCUUGAUCGAAAUUGGAAACCUAACACACUCCCCUAAUUAAAAAUUCAUUUAUCGGGCAUGGACUACGACGCGUACGUCUAUCGGCCGGGAGGUUGGUCAAUAUGACCUCCAUAUGCAGUCAAGAAUUUCCGAGUCAAGUAGAACUAUGAGAUAUGCCUGUCACGCAGUUUAGUAUUCAAAGCAGGGAACAAGAUGCGGAGGCAAUCUACAGCCAAAAUACACUUAAUCAAAACAGAUUGCAUUCUGAAAUUUUGUACAAAUGAGGUGCUAAGCCUGCUGAUGACGUGGCUGUUGCUCGCUCUGCCAACAAGCCAUUGCUGCAUUUCAAUUUCCCCAUUAAUUGUCCGCAGGAAGCAACUGUCUGCCAAGAGUCGAGCGAAUUUCGAUGAGAUAUGAACUUGUAACCUCAUUUAUACUUCUACCAAAUCAACCCACACCAACCAGCUAUUAUUCAGUCUCCUUCACCCAAUCCUCUUUCACGCACUUCGCGUUACAUACUCGCUUCUCAGAAUUCAUCACUUUAUUGCCCUGAAGCCGCACACAGCAUAAUUGCCGCACAUAGUCUCGCAUCCCUGGAUCUUAACUAUCAUGCAGUAGAUUGUGUUCCCCUUUGAAAAAAAUCAUAAUGUUUUAUGCUUCGUACCCUCAUUUAAGUCGCUCAUGCCCCACAGGUACUGCAAAACGACGGCCUUCUGCAGUGGUGAGUCUAUUCGCUGUUCUAGUAGUCCAAGACAUAGCCCAUAGUAUCUGCUGUGAGACGAAUGCUACCAAUAGAAUUUACGAAAUACAUUUGGUUACUGGAUUUGAUAAAUCUUGAAGAGGCUGGGGUCUUAGUCACAAUUAAAUUCGGAGGAUGUUUGCCUAUCACAUCACAGCCCAACAGACUGACAAAGUUCAAAAGGUUACAUAUAACUAUGCAUGACGCCCCAAUAUCAUGACUAACUUGUCGCCUUCCUAGGCUUUUGCUUCGCUGCAAUCAUACACGCCAUUUUACAUCGCCCGCGAUCGUGCCUGCGAAGGUGGCAUGGGUAUCAGGCAAUUCAAAUGUCGUGAAUCGAUUUUGUGCCAGACUACAUGUCGAUCGAUGUUGGGGCGUUUGAACGUGGCCAAACGACUUGCGCGUCAGAAUUCAGAGACUGACAAUGGCGAACGCUACCUUGAUUGCUUUGCUGAAAUGCUCGAGACGCGGGACGCGAAAAGUGAGACAAUUAUUCGGACGGCUCGCCAGAUGGGGCAAGAAGCGCUCCUCUGUGCUGUUUUCCAGCGGUAAGUGCUGCAUGUUUCCCUCGUUGUCGCUCUACUAAAUGCACGUUGGACGUGAAUUCGAGCUUGCUCCAGUCUCUCAGACUGAGCAAUGUAGCAAAAUUAAUGCUAGAUGGAAACUGGUCGAGUAGACACUUGUAGUGUUUGCUUGGUGGCCUAGCUUGAAAUAAUGUUAAGGAUCGCAUACAAUAUGGAGGCUUUCAUACACCAACAAUGUUUCUGCCUAUUCGAUUAGCCACAUGAUCCCAGCCAUAUACGUCAGGUAGAAAGUAACGACUGCGUUGAUUCUACAGAGUCGUUAGGACGACACGCAUUCAUGCCGAUGUCCGAAUAUUGUCAGUCAUUUUUCACGUUUCUGGGAGUCAUCGAUAUCACUUCUUGCCAGUUCAAGUGAAGGUGGGUAAAUGUGAGGCGACUUGACUUGCAUUAUAACACGCCUUUCGUUCUUUACAGGCUGCCAACAAUCGGAUACUUUGUCAGAGCACGCAGAGUCGCUUGACCUCUCAGUAAGUCCUCAGGACGGAUGAUUAUGUUGUCAAGUUAGGGCAUUUUACAAUUAAUUGUCCACUUAAUGCCCCCCAAUAAACAUCUUCCAUUUUUUCUCAUCCAUGGCGUCCCUUGUCUGCUGGUAGAUAUGGUCAAGACUCUGCGUGUACGUCGCGUAAGCAUUGAGGCCUUGUAUCGAGUCCCAGAUUGCGCCUCCAGGAUUAUAACAAUUCUUCAACAGGCCGAUUCCGUAAGUCACCUACCUUAUUAAUUCUAUGCGUGCAGUGAGACAUUAUGUCACACGCGACAUUACGCUGGCUUACGCUUAGGUGUGUGCUAAUAUGCAGAUUCGCACUUGUUUGCCAUUUCAGAAUGUGAGUGAGCUGUGUGACCGUCUGGUGUGGGACGAGGAGGCUUUCGAUGGUCGGGCACUUUUGUCAGCCAUCAAGCGCUACCUGGACGCUCUGCAUGUCAGUCUUCUGAAUGCCCACAUGUUUGCCUCAUUUGUGGCGUCAACGGUGAACGAGACGGGGACGAAGAGAUGUGGCCGGUCUCUGCGGACACCGGCAGGCCUAGCACGGGCCUUAUGGCAAGUGCGAACAGGCCUCGUGAAGGUUUUCGGCUGCCCCGGCAAUGCGACGGCCGAGGACCGGGAGAGAGGGUGGCGCAUGGCCACGCUUGAUUACAUGAUGCGCCACCUUCGGGAGGUUGUGGCCCUUUAG